GGGGAGCUGGUGGGCUUGCUCCGUCCUCAUUGUGAGGCUGUCUGCAGGCGGCGCACCAGACUCCAUAGGCUCCGACCGCACGGCGGAGAAGGCGGCGUGGAAAAUGGCGGACGGUGUCGACCACAUCGAUAUCUACGCCGACGUAGAGGAGGAAUUCACACAGGAAACGGACUACCCCGUCCACGAGCAGAUCGACCUGUACGAUGAUGUCAUCUCCCCAUCGGCCAAUAACGGCGACGCGCCCGAAGACCGCGACUACCUGGACGCUCUACCGGCCCCCGGAGGGGCGGAGGGCGGGAAGAGUGCCCCCCCCAACGUGGUCUACACCUACACGGGCAAGAGGAUCGCCUUGUACAUCGGAAACCUCACAUGGUGGACAACAGAUGAGGACCUAACGGAAGCCAUCCGGUCGAUAGGCAUCACAGACGUCCUGGAAAUCAAGUUCUUUGAGAACCGCGCCAAUGGGCAGUCUAAAGGGUUCGCCCUGGUGUGUGUGGGCUCGGAGGGCUCGUCCAGGAAGCUGAUGGAGCUGCUGUCCAAGAGGGAGCUCCACGGGCAGAACCCCAUCGUCACGCCCUGUAACAAACAGUCCCUCAGCCAGUUCGAGAUGCAGUCCAGGAAAAGCCCCCCAGGAACGCAGUCGGGGCAGAUGUCCGGGGAGGGCAAGGCCGGCCCCCCCGGUAUUGGCCCUCGCGGCGACGGCCGUGGCGGUGGCGGCGGCGGCGGUGGCUUCCCCAUGGGGGGCCGGGGGGGGCGCGGCCGGUUCCCCGGCCCCCCCGGCGGAGACCGCUUCCCGGGGCCCCUCGGCCCCGGGGGCCCGCCCCCACACUUCCCUGGCCAGGGGAUGAGACCAGAUGGCCCUCUGAUGGACAUGAAUUUCAAUCCCUUCGCGCCCGGGGGCAGGGACGGGAACUGGAGACCCAGAGGCGGGAUGCAGGGUCCUCCCCGGCCCCCCCUCGGGCCCCCCGGUCCGCCCGGCCCCCCGGGACCCCCCCCUCCAGGACAGGGCCUGCCCCCCCCCCUCUCGGGACCCCCCAACCGCAACGACCGGCCGCCGCCGCCGGUCCUCUUCCCCGGGCAGGUCUUCCAGCCCCCCAUGGGACCCAUGCCCCCCGGCCCCCCUCCCCCGGGGUACGGCCCCCCGCCCGGCCCCCCGCCCCCCCAGCAGGGGCCCCCCCCGCCGGGCCCCUUCCCCCCCCGCCCCCCGGGGCCCCUCGGACCCCCCAUGGCCCUGGCCCCGCCCCCGCACAUGCCGGGGCCCCCGCCGGGCGGGCCCCCUCCGGCGCCCCACGUCAACCCCGCCUUCUUCCCCCCGCCCGGGAACAACAACAUGCCCCCCAACGACAACAGACGGCCCCCCGGACCCAACGACCCCUACGGGCCCCCGCCGCCCUAUGAGCGGGACUACGGCGGCCCCGGUGGAAGGGAGAUGGAGGUGUCUCGGACCCCGCUGAGCGAGGCGGAGUUCGAGGAGAUCAUGAACAGGAACAGAGCAAUCUCCUCCAGCGCCAUCUCAAGAGCCGUGUCCGACGCCAGCGCAGCGGACUAUGGCAGUGCCAUAGAGACCUUGGUGACGGCCAUCAGCCUCAUAAAGCAGUCUAAAGUGUCUGCAGACGACCGCUGUAAAGUCCUCAUCAGCUCACUGCAGGACUGCCUCCACGGCAUUGAGUCCAAGAGCUACGGCUCUGCCAGACGUGAGCGCUCCCGGGAACGCGACCACAGCCGCUCUCGGGAGAAGAGCCGGCGGCACAAGUCCCGCAGUCGGGACCGCCACGAGGACUACUACCGCGAGCGCAGCCGCGAGCGCGACCGCCACCGCGAGCGCGACCGCGACCGGGACCGCGAGAGGGAGCGCGAACGCGAGUACCGCCACCGCUGAGGAGCCUCGCCGGGUAGGAGAGCUUGCAAGGAUCAGGGAUGGAAGGAAUGGGACAAGAGGAAGGAUUAGCACCACGGCACCACAUCAGCCCCCUGCUCAGCAUGGCUGAACUGGAGCACAACCCGCCCGCCUCCUCAGUCUCUCCUGCAUGCAUCUCUGUGUGUCUGUCCAUCUGGUCGCCUUGCUCAGAACGGUGGUUGGAAAGCCCCCCCCCCCCCUCCUCCUCGUGUGUAAGGCUAUAUUAUCUUAAGAUCUAUACUCAUGGCUACUUAAGUUAAAGUAAAAAAGAAAAAACUUUCCACAAAGCCCUUUUAUUUUUUAUGAUGUUUUAUUUGAAAUCUGAAAGAUAAAGUACCUGUGUGAUUCUUUUUUUUUUUCUUGUUUUUUUGUGCAAAGUACCGAAAACAUUGACGAGCCUGCACGAUGCUUUAAAGUAAAGAUGAGCUUGUCAUACUUGGUUUUCUUUUCCCGCUCUUUGUCUUGCUGACCUGUGUACAUUCGUCGGUUUCUGAAUUGUUUUUAUAGGGUACCAGGUUUUUUUUGGAUCUCUUCUUUCCUCAUUCCCGUCGAUUACUUUCAUGGUUAGGAUGAUGUUUGUAAAUGUCUCUGCUUUUGAUGAUUAAAACUAGAUUGUGUUGUAAUAAAACUGUUUACUGUGGUCCACUUAUCAUGGUGAAUUUCUCUUUUAAGUGAGUCAUUUAUAUUAAAUGUGUAUGUUUGCUUUGUUUUACAUGUUUGUGUUGAGCCUCGUACCGUUAAGCUGACAAAUAUGGUACUGCAAGUAUUAGUAACAAACAUGUCAUGGUUUUUAUUGCAUUUUUUAAAUUGAAUUGAACUUCUGUGAAUUUUUUACAAUAACUAUUGGUCAGGGAUUCGAAUAUUAGCAAUCAUUUUGCCAUACUUUUUUACAUUUCAUACCCUUGCUGUUUUGGCAAUAACUGCUCUGAAAAAAAAUGGUAUACAUCACUGCGUAUCUUAUCUUUAUUUUUGGGUUCAGGAUAACUUUAAGGCCAACUCAUCUGGUCCAAACUUUGGUUUUGUAGUUUUCUUUAUUUGUUUUUGUUUUUUUUAUUUUUUAUUUCUUCCUCUUAAAGAAAAGUAGGCAUGUAACCUGUUGAAUAGUUCAACAUUGUGUGUAUACAUGUAGACAUGGGUACAUACUGGUAAUUUGGAUAAAUUGUGUUUUUAUAUUGCAGUUCUUCAAAGUAAUGCCACCCCAUACUGAAUGUAUUGUAGGUUUUUGAUACUCCAAACAUAUUCGGUUAUUGGUCAUUUUGAUGGUUUCUAAGAGCAUACACAAAUUGCUGGUGAAUUUGGAUUUUACUACCAUACAUACCAAAAUAUGCAUUGUAUGUAUCCACAUAUUCUCAGGAGGAGUGAGUUGUAAUGAAAGCUUUGGAAGUCAUUUCUAAUGUUAUAUUUACGAGCACAGCUCACUCUAAACUUUUAUGUGACAAUGUGUUUCAAAUACGUUGUAACUCACUCUAUACGUUGGUCUUAAAUUGGGACGUCAGUCAAAAAUAGUGUCAAGAAUAUAAAUCAUGCUCACAGUAAGUUAAACCUUGUGAUGAUGGCAUGGAUUGGGGAAAAGGUUUUAUAAUGAAAUCCUCAGGUGAAAUGGCUAAGUUAAAAUGCUUGACAUUUUGAAAAGCAUAGGAUAUACAAUCUGGCUUUUUAACCGGUACCAAAGUAUUUGAUUUAAAAAAGAAAACGAAUAAAAUGACUUCCUUUUAAAUAUCA